GGAAGGACCCAGCCUGCCCCACGGACUGCCUGAGAAAACAACAAGCCUGGCUGCCGCUUCCUCCCGCGAACCUUUGGAGGAGCCGCGUCCGCUCGCCGGGCCGGCCAUGGACCAGUGCGUGACGGUGGAGCGGGAGCUGGAGAAGGUGCUGCAGAAGUUCUCGGGCUACGGGCAGCUGUGCGAGCGGAGCCUGGAGGAGCUGAUCCAGUACGUGGCCGGGCUGCGCCGCGAGAUCCUCCAGAGCGAGAAUCAAGAUGGGGAUCUCUCGGGGACAAUAUCGCUUGUAAUGACCCAGUGUUGCAAACGAAUAAAAGACACUGUUCAAAAAUUGGCCUCUGAUCAUAAGGAUAUUCACAGUAGUGUUUCCAGAGUUGGAAAAGCAAUUGACAAGAAUUUUGACUCUGACAUCAGCAGUGUGGGGAUUGAUGGAUGCUGGCAAGCCGAUAGCCAACAAAUUCUGAAUGAGGUGAUGGUUGAACACUUCUUCCGACAAGGAAUGUUGGAUGUCGCUGAGGAGCUUUGUCAGGAGUCUGGGCUUGCUAUAGAUCAAAGUCAAAAAGAACCAUUUGUGGAGCUUAACCGGAUAUUGGAAGCGCUUAAAGUUAGAGUUUUGCGACCAGCAUUAGAGUGGGCUGUUUCAAACAGAGAAAUGCUGAUGGCACAGAAUAGCUCUUUAGAAUUUAAAUUGCACCGGCUAUAUUUUAUUAGUUUAUUAAUGGAUGGAACUGCAAACCAGAGAGAAGCACUGCAGUAUGCUAAAAACUUUCAACCAUUUGCUCUAAACCACCAGAAAGAUAUUCAGAUUUUGAUGGGAAGUCUAGUAUACCUGAGGCAGGGAAUUGAAAACUCACCAUAUGUCCAUUUAUUGGAUGCAAACCAGUGGGCAGACAUCUGCGACAUCUUUACAAGGGAUGCCUGUGCUCUGUUGGGACUCUCGGUUGAAUCACCUUUGAGUGUUAGCUUCUCAGCAGGUUGUGUAGCGUUGCCUGCUCUAAUAAAUAUCAAAGCUGUGAUUGAACAGAGACAGUGCACUGGCGUUUGGAACCAGAAAGAUGAAUUACCGAUUGAAGUGGACCUUGGUAAAAAGUGCUGGUAUCAUUCAAUAUUCGCCUGCCCCAUCCUUCGUCAGCAAACAACAGAUAAUAACCCACCUAUGAAGUUGGUUUGUGGUCAUAUUAUAUCAAGAGAUGCUCUGAAUAAAAUGUUUAAUGGCAGCAAAUUAAAAUGUCCCUAUUGUCCUAUGGAGCAGAGUCCAGGAGAUGCAAAACAGAUAUUCUUCUGAGGACAAGAUUCACUGUGUAGUUCAGAUGAGACAUUGACUUACAGAUAUGCUUUGGAAGACUGAAGCAGGGAUAUAUUCCAUUUUAUGCUGUGCAGAUGGAAGCAUACCGUAUGUUUGUAUAAGCCUAAUGCGCCAGAAUUUUUUGCCCACACUUAGUGCAUACAUACAGGUUGGAAAAAUUGCAGAAGUAAUAUCUAUCCUAGGGCUUUUACUCUGACCUUGGUCUCCAUAGCUGAUCAAGAGACUACACCAGCAGUUGUCAUUUGAUGCAGAAUUUUGUACUUAACUGUAUGGUGACUUCAUUUUUUAAAGCAGACGCCAAACAACCUCCAAGUAGGUCUAAUAUUUGUCCUGCUUUGAUUUUAUCACAUUGAUUGAUAAAUGUCUUCAUAAAGAAUGUGUUGGAAAAGUUUUAUUUCCUUAGUAUGUAUAUUAUUAAGAGAACUUCAGGAAAAAGUUUGAUAAGUUGAAUAACAGCUAUAAAUGUAUUUGUAUUUCUGUUCAUAUUUUUCCAGCCCAAAGCUGUAACAGUCAGGGGUUUUUUUUCUUCUUUUGAACGUUUUCCAGCUUUUAAACAGGAUUCUAGUUUAAUGUGCUGAUAUGUAAAUGACAUAAAUAACAGAGUUUAAAACCAUUUUUAAUUUAGUAAGGUAGCAAGUGACUGGACUUGGGAAUCCUCUCCAGUUAAUUUCCUAAUCAAGAGCUCUUUGUUUGGUUAAGGGUGUUCAAUAAAAUGGAGCUCUGGAUUGGAAAGGAACUUUUGUCAGUGGAUCCUUGACUCUGGCAACCUUAGUCUUACUCUUUAAGUUUUGUAUUCAAGAUCAGUGUCAUGUUGCUGUACAGUUUACUAGUUAUGUUAUUUAUAAAGUUAUUGGAACCAAAUAAACUGUUGAUGAUGAUUGUUGCUAA